AUGACCACGUGGUUCCUCUGGGUGUGGAGAGUGGAUCAGCCGCGGCGUCUGAGCGGCCGCAGCCCUGGACAAAAGCACUUCGUCUUCACCCAUGGUCUGACGGCUGCUAUGGCAGAUGGCUACAUGAAGCAGCUCUGGACAGACGCCCACUUCCUGUCCUCACACCAGAGGAUGGACAGUGCACUGCUUGAUAAACUGGUCCUGCAGCUCAACAGAACGUACCCCCAGGUUCUGUCUGACAAAGAGGCCCACCAGUUCCGGAACAUUCGAGUGGUGACGAGGCUGCGAUUGGCUGAGCUGCUGCGGAGCCUCCACUGUAAAGGAGAAGACGCAUGUCAUGAGUUUUACAGAGGGAUCCAGAUCCACGCCGAGGACAUGUACUGCAGACUGCCCUCCAGAGUGCGAUGCCGAGAAAUGGAAGAUCCAAAAGGGAUGAACUGUAAAGAGGUUGACUGUGAAACCAAUGUGCUUAAUAAUAAAGGGCCCAUAUUCUUCCUGAGCUGUUUUAGCCUGGCUGCCUGUGUCGCUGUGCUCUACUACAGCGGAGGGGGGUGGCAAUCAGAGAUGCCACCCAAGUCUCAUAGCACCAGCCCCUCACUGACCCUCUGCAGGUGGUGA